AUGAGUCUACCCCUGGAUCCCAUCGAGGAGAAACUGGUGCUUGCCGAACAAGCGGUCGACUACGGCAAGGUGCUGCCGCGGUCCGACCCCGACGACGACGACGAGUGGGAGCGCCAGGAGCUGAUCCGCCGCGAGAAAGUGCUACUGUUGGACUACGACCCCGACCACUUCGACCUUGACGCCAUCUUGGAGGCGUUUGUUGAAUUGGCGGGCUCCCAGGGCAUCGAACUGAGACAGUACGGUAUCACCGUUAGAGAUGUCACCCUCCAUGGGGUCGACGAACGGUUCACGGUGAUGCCCACCGUGGGCGACUUGAUCAUGCUUCCCUUGACGAUUUUCCGUGCCGUCAAAGCCGGCAGAACCCCCACGAGAAAGAUUUUGCACAACGUCAACGCCAUCGCCAAACCGGGUGAAUCAGUGCUUGUCAUCGGUCGUCCCGGUGCCGGGUGUACCUCGUUCCUUAAAAUGGUUUCCGGUACCGACAUGAACAUGUACAAGAAGCUUGAAGGCGACGUCCGCUACGACGGCAUUCCGCAAAAGGAAAUGAGAAAGCACUUCCGCUCCGACGUUAUCUACGACGCCGAACUCGACGUCCACUUCCCCCACUUGACCGUCGAACAAACGCUCAAGUUCGCCGUGGCGUGCAAGACCCCCAACUUGAGAGUGAACAACGUGUCUCGCAAGGAGUACAUCAACCGGAUGACGGAGAUCUUGGCCACUGUCCUCGGUUUGCGUCACGUGUACAAGACCAAGGUCGGUAACGAUUUCGUCCGGGGUGUGUCCGGUGGUCAGCGUAAGCGUGUCUCUAUCGGUGAAGCCAUGGCCUGCCGGGCCACUUUAUCGUGCUGGGAUAACGCCACCCGUGGUCUUGAUGCCCUGACGGCCCUCGAAUUCGGUAAGACCAUCCGCUCGUGCACCAACUUGUUGAGAACCACCGCCUUCGUCACCGCCUACCAGGCCGGUCAGUCGUUGUACGAGCAAUUUGACACCGUCACCGUGUUAUACGACGGCCAUCAAGUGUACUGGGGCCCCACCACCGAGGCCAAGGCCUACUUCGAGAAGAUGGGGUACAAGUGUCCUCCCCGUCAGACCACCGCCGAAUACUUGACUGCCGUCACUGACCCCCUUGGUCGGUACAAGGACGAGACCGUCUCCCACCGCAUCCCCGAAACCGCCGAAGAAAUGGAAGCUUACUGGCAACGCUCGCCCGAGUACGCUGCGUUCAUCGCCGAGAUUGACCAGGCCAACAACACCAUCGACCCCACCCAGACCAAGGAAAUGCUCCAAAGAUCGUUGUUCCAGGAAAAGCUGAAGCACCACCGCAAGAACUCGCGCUACACCAUCGGCUACUGGCCGCAAGUGGCGUUGUGCACUAAGCGGGCCUUCCAGCUUAUCAUUGGUGACAUCCAGUAUCCUGCUACUUUGGUCGUCGCCGGUAUUGUCCAGGGUUUGGUCUCCGGUUCGCUUUACUAUAACUUGAAAGACGACGUCACCGGGGCGUUCUCCCGUGGUGGUGUGCUUUUCUUCGCUGCUUUGUACGUGUCGCUUAUGGGUUUGGCCGAAGUCACCGCCGCCUUUAACAACCGUCCCAUCAUCUUCAAGCAUAAAAACUAUCUGUUGUACCAUGCGCUGGCCGACGCCAUUGGCCAGUACAUUUCUGCCAUCCCCGUUGUCGCUGCUAACUCCAUCACGUUCUUGAUUGUGCUCUACUUCUUGACCAACAUGAAACGUGAGGCCGGACCGUUCUUCAUCAACUUGUUGUUCCUUUACUUGCUACAGUACGCCAUGCUUUCGUUGUUCCGAGGUAUCUCUGCCAUCUCCAACGCCAUCUCCAUGGCUCAGGGUAUCGCCGGUUUCUUCAUUCUCGUGACGUUGUUGUACUCAUCCUAUAUGAUUCAGCGUCCCGACAUGAAGGUGUGGUUCAAAUGGAUAUCGUACGUCAACCCCAUUCUAUAUGCGUUCGAGUCUAUGAUUGCUACUGAGUUCCACGGACGGAAAAUGGAGUGUGUCGGUAACUAUCUUGUACCUCACGGUCCCGGCUACGAAAACUUGCAACAAGGUACCCAAGCGUGUGCCUUCCAGGGUUCGGUUGAAGGUCAAACGUGGGUAUCGGGUGACAACUACUUGAAGAUCACUUACGAGUACUCCUACGGCCAUGUGUGGCGUAACUUCGGGUUCAUGUUUGCUUACAUCUGCUUCAACAUCUUUGUCACUUGUGCUGGUGUGGAAAUCCUCAAGCCGAUUAAGGGUGGUACCGACAGACUUAUUUUCUUGCGUGGUAAGGUCCCCGAUGCUGUUGUCCUCGCUGAAGAGCAGAAAAAGUCCCCUUCCGACGAAGAACUGGCCCUCGACGCUGUUGCCCUGACUUUCGACGCCGACCGUGAACCGCUGACUCCCCCUGACGCUUUGUUUCAGGACUUGAAGCUGAAGGACUUGUUUGCUUGGAAAAACAUCGACUACGUCAUUCCCUACGAUGGUGGCAAGCGUAAGCUUUUGGACAACGUUUUUGGUUUCUGCAAGCCCGGUACGCUUACCGCGCUUAUGGGUGAAUCGGGUGCCGGUAAGACUACCUUGUUAAACACGUUGGCUGGUCGUAACGACAUGGGGGUUGUCACUGGUGACAUGUUGGUCAACGGUCAACCUUUGGACGCCUCGUUCUCUCGUCGUACCGGUUACGUGUUGCAACAGGAUAUCCACGUGCCCGAAACUACUGUUCGUGAAGCUCUCUACUUUGCUGCUCGCUUGCGGAGAUCGCCUCGGGUCCCUGAUGACGAAAAGAGGGAAUACUGUGAAAAGAUCAUCGAUGUGUUGCUGAUGCGUGGUUACGCCGACGCCGUCGUCGGUGUGUCUGGUUCUGGUCUUAACGUCGAACAAAGAAAGAAGCUUUCCAUUGCGGUCGAGCUUGUGGCGAAGCCGUCUUUGCUUCUUUUCUUGGACGAACCUACUUCCGGUCUCGACUCGCAAUCGGCUUGGGCUAUUGUUAAGAUGCUUCAGGACUUGGCUGCUGCCGGGCAAUCCAUCUUGUGUACCAUUCACCAGCCUUCGGCUACGUUGUUUGAAGCCUUCGACCGGUUGUUGUUGUUGAGAAAGGGUGGGCAAAUGGUGUACUUUGGUGACAUUGGUAAGAACUCGCUGACUAUGAUCGAAUACUUCGAGGAAAACGGUGGCCGCAAGUGUGACCCCAGUGAAAACCCCGCUGAAUACAUGUUGGAAGUGAUUGGUGCUGGUUCCACCGCCUCCCAGGAUGCUGACUGGCACGAAGUGUGGAACAACUCGACGUUGAAAGCCAAGGAAGAAAAUCUUUUGGAUCAAUUGGUGUCGGAAUACUCGAACCAGCCGCCGCUUGACGAACAUGACGCUAAGGAAUUGAAGCAAACCUACGCUGUUAACUUCAUGCAACAGUUCUGGAUUGUCUUGAGUCGGACGUGGAUCACCUUGUGGAGAGACCCCGAAUACGCCAUUUCCAAGUUUGGUAUGCAAGUCGCUUCUGGUUUGUUCAUUGGGUUCUCGUUCUGGAACUUGCCCUACACCAUGGGUGGUGCUCAAAACGGGUUGUUCGCUGCCUUCUUGUCGCUUGUGGUUGUUGCUCCCAUUGUCAACAUGAUUCAAGGUAAAGCCAUUGCUGGUCGUGAGUUGUACGAAGUUCGUGAACGUAAGCUGAGAACUUACCACUGGGCCAACAUGAUCUGGACUCAAGCCGUGUGUGAAUUGCCUUACUUAUGGUUGGGUGGUCUUUGCUACUUUAUUGGGUUCUACUUCGCCACUAAGGCUCCCACUAACGCGUCUCACGCCGGGUUGUUCUGGUUGAGCUACGGGUUCUUCUGUCAAACCUUCGCCGUCUCCUUCGCCCUCAUGAUCUUGUACUUCUCCGCUGACUUGGAAGUGGCCGGGGUGCUUGUUGGUUUCCUUUACUCGUUCGUUGUUGCCUUCUCCGGUAUUGUCCAGCCUUACAAUUUGAUGCCUGGUUUCUGGAAAUUCAUGUACCGUACCACGCCUUACACCUACUACGUUGGUAACUUGGUCCUGUCGAUGUUGCAUGGGCGCAAGAUUGUUUGUGCUGACAAGGAAAUGGCCCACUUUACCCCUCCCUCUGGUCAAACCUGUGGCGAGUACAUGAAGCUGUACCUUGACGCUGUUGGCGGCUACAUCAAGGACGAGUCUGCCACCGACAUGUGCAACUACUGCCAGUACAGUACCGCCAACGCUUACAUGGCCAACUCCAAGAUCUACUUCCACGACUACCCAAGAAACAUCGGGUUCUUCUUCGUCUACACCUUCUUCAACAUGUUCUUGGCCAUGGUGUUGUACUGGGUAUUCCGGGUGCACGUGUGGAAGAAGAAGUAA